GUCGAAAUAAAAGGACACGAUCGAAGCACAAUUUGUCACGUUCAGAAAUAACCUAAAAUUUUCUCUUGUAAGGCACAGCUAGGGAGGACAGUUAUAAUGGAUGUGAAAUUGACUAUUGUUUUAUGUGUUUGUCUUUGGCUUGCGAAUGCCUGUGAGAAAUCUUCGCCAAAGAGAUCAGACGGCCGAGGACCUAUUAGAUAUCCAUCUUACAAAAGAUCAGUGAAAGAUGAAGAAAUAAACAUACAAUGGGAUGGUUAUCACUAUCACAUUAAGCUAGAUGGUUCAUGUAGAUUCAAUACCUACGACACUGACCGUGACGGUACAAUCAGCCGAGAGGAACUAUUUGAUAUUCUCGGUAGCCAUGAAGUAACAGAAGCAUUGUUCAAGGAUCUAGACGUCAUGAAAGGUUUGGAAUCUUACGUGAUGGGGCGAUUACGCCCGUGGAAUUCGAAGCCACAGUCUCUUAAAUCAUAUCCGGAUGUUAACAGUUCACAAAUGAACGUGAAUUCAGAUUAA